AUGAAAAGAGCCAGGCAGAACCCAAACAGCACCCUUGCUUAGGCCGAGGUUCGCCAGCUCCAGCGGGGAAGCAAAUCAAGGUUUGCCUCACUUAUACAUCCACCCGUCAUUUUCCAGUGCUUUGGAAGUUGCAGUUCCUUCGCUAACGAUGGGAUGGGUCGGUUGCAAAAGAUUCUCAUUCCCUUUUUGGGAUUGGUUUUGGCCUUCUGGUUUUAUUCUGCGAGGGAGAAUUUCAAACCGGAGAUGCUGAAAGGGAAGCGGGUGAUUGUCACCGGAGCAAGCACUGGAAUUGGAGAGCAGAUGGCGUAUCACCUGGCGCGGAUGGGAUCCCACAUUUUGAUCACAGCACGGACAGAAGCCAAGCUACAGAAAGUGGUGGAGCGGUGCCGGGAGCUGGGGGCAGCCUCCGCGCAGUACAUCAGCGGCACCAUGGAGGACAUGGCCUUCGCCGAGCACGUGGUGAAGGAGGCAGAGGCCUUGCUGGGAGGCUUAGACAUGCUGAUUCUUAAUCACGUCGGCGCAUCGUACUUUGGUUAUUUCAAUGGGGACAUUGGGCACGUACGAAAGCUCCUGGAGAUCAACUUCCUCAGCUACGUGGCUAUGACCGUGUCUGCCCUGCCCAUGCUGAAGGAGAGCGAGGGCAGCAUCGUUGUCGUUUCAUCCAUGGCAGGUAAAGUCGGGUUUCCCUUUACGGUCCCCUACUCCGCAACCAAGUUUGCCUUGGAUGGAUUUUUCAGCUCCCUGAGGCAGGAAUUCAGCAUUCAGAGCAUUAACGUUUCCAUCACGCUCUGCAUCCUUGGCUUCAUCGAUACUGAGAGCGCGGUGCGCGCCGCCGCGGAGCUGCUGCUGGUGCCGCCGGCGCCGCGGGAGGAGUGCGCGCUGGAGAUCCUCAAGGGCGGAGCGCUGCGCCGGCGGGAGCUCUACUACCGCUACGGCUCCACGCGGCUGCCGCUGCUGCUGCGGGACUGGGCCGCCGAGCUGCUGGACUACCUGGUGCGGAGCUGCUACCGGCUGGAGAGCCCGAGGAGGCCCUAG